AUGGCGCCGAAGCAGCGCAAGACGCUCGGUCCGAAGCCCGCUGUGGCAAAGGGGAGCGCUCGCGCGACGAGCGUCAGCGCGGCGAAGAAGAAGGGCAAGGCGACGGGGUCCGCGCUGCGCGAGAAGACGAACGUGAAGGCCGGCAGCUCGGGCGCGCUCCCGCCGUUCGACAAGAAGCUGGAGCCGGGAGCGAUUGAGAAAGCGCUGCGGGCGUACAUCAAAAGGGCCGCGAAAAUGACCAACGGCAACUGGCACGACUGCUACGAGGAGACCGCCGAGCAGUGCGGCGGCUUUUUCGAGGACGCCGUGCAGCUCGUGAACAAGGUCUACGCCAUCGGCGUCAAGGAGAAGCGCUGCGUGGGGCGGUGCCACGUGGCGCUGCUGACGAUCGCGGACCUGACGGAGGAGCUGGAGUCGGUGCCCCUGCGCGUCGAGGCCAAGGAGUCGUGGACGGGCCCGAUGCUGGGGAGCAUGUUUCCGAUCGAGAUCGUCGGAAACGCCGGCAAGACGAAGUUUGACACGUGCCUCAUGGAUCAGAUCCGCUUCGUGUGGCGCAACGUGCUACGCGUCGCCGCGGGGCUCGAGGGCGGCGUGACGGACCUGGCUGCCGGCUACAUCCACGAGGAAGGGGUCGCGCCGUUGGACCAGAUGAUUGCCGACGCGCUGGCGCACAAGUGCGACGUGCUGAACGAGUUCGCCACCGGCCACGAGGCGGAGUGCGGGGAACGCGUGGAGAGCUGCAAGGACGUGCUGGACUUCAUGGCGGGGCGCAGGAAGAGGCUCCAGGAGAAGGCGACCGGCCUCGAGCGGUUCGGGGGCUCCAUGGACCCGAAGUACAGGGACCCACUGCCCGUCGAGCUCAUCCCGGACGCUGGGCUGCGUGAGGGUGCAAGGAAGCUGGCCGAAGCGGUGGCCGGCGCGAAGGCGGUCCCGAGCAACUACGAGACCCACGAGGGCCAGUACAAGUGCCGCGACGGCCGCUUCGACCGGCCGCGGGACUGGGACGCCUACUACUGA